AGGAGCUUAAUUCCGUCGCUUCCGAGCUGUCUGCACGGCAGGAGGAGAGUGAACAUUCUCAUAAACAUUUAAUUGAACUCCGCCGGGAAUUUAAGAAAAAUGUACCUGAGGAAAUCAGAGAGAUGGUGGCUCCUGUAUUAAAAAGCUUCCAAGCUGAGGUGGUGGCUCUUAGUAAGAGAAGUCAGGAGGCCGAAGCCGCUUUCCUGAGUGUUUACAAGCAAUUAAUUGAAGCACCAGACCCUGUGCCUGUGUUUGAGGUGGCACGCAGCCCAGACGACAGACUGCAGCCCCCCAGCUUCGACCCCAGUGGGCCCCCGCGGCGAGAGCUCCACGCUGCGUGGAAGAGACACCCCGAGCUCGUCGGCACCAAAGAGCAGAGAGAGGGGACGUCACCAGCCGGGCCCACGCUGACCGAGGCGAGCCGCCUCCCAGGCAUUCCCAGCAAAGCCCUCCUGACAGAAACUUUGCUGCAGAGAAAUGAGGCAGAGAAACAAAAGGGCCUUCAAGAAGUACAGAUCACUUUGGCAGCCAGACUGGGGGAAGCCGAGGAGAAGAUCAAGGUCCUACAUUCAGCGUUAAAGGCCACGCAGACAGAGCUGCUGGAACUGCGGCGGAAGUACGACGAGGAGGCGGCGUCCAAGGCAGAUGAAGUCGGCCUGAUCAUGACCAACCUGGAGAAAGCUAAUCAGCGAGCCGAGGCUGCCCAACGGGAGGUGGAAAGUCUUCGGGAACAACUCGCCUCCGUCAACAGCUCCAUCCGCCUGGCCUGCUGCUCUCCUCAGGGACCCAGUGGGGUAAGGAUGGUGGCAGAGCCAGAGGGAAAAGUUGGGAAAGGCCAUGUUUGUGGUUUUGAAUAUGUGGGUGACAUUUUGUGGGUGGACUGUGUGCAUCUUCAUGAAAUUGUGCACAUGAACGGGCCUGGGUCUUUUUGUGCAUACAAUGGGCAUAACAUCUUUAUUACCAAAAAGUCAAUGUGUAGUUAAAUAUAAUUAUCAGUGUCAUGACUUGCUUCGCCUGCUGAGGGUCAAACACAGCCACAGCUCUUUUUACUUUUCAAGCUCAAGCUUCGUAUAGCUUGAGUCCAUAUCCUUUGGAGUU